CAACACCCAAAGCUGUCUCCCGGAACUCUCUCUUUUUUUUUUACUUCAGCCGUUGGAUCAGACCACAUAUGGAAGGCCAUCAUGUCCAGAAGAAACGUGGAGCCCUCGUCUCAAAAAGAACGCAAUCUGUCAAUCAAAAGCGCGUCUCCCUCUUCCCACUCUCUAGGGCUCGAAUCGCUCAUCCUUGUUCAUUGAAAUCCCCACCCAAAACAAGCUCAUAUUUUCACUUACCUCGAUAUCCCAUUUGCAGCAGGAGACGCCUGAGCAUCAAUCGACUGCCACAGGUCUGCAGCCCUUAAAUGGUUGUCUUUUGGAAGAGGAGACCAGGC